AAAGUGUGUGUGUGCAGCUCGCGCGAUUUAGCUUCCCAGACCAGCUAGCGCAACGAAAACAAACGGCAGCUUCUUUUAGCUUUAGCCGCCGCCCGUUUUCCGGGGAGAGAAUUGAAAAAAAGUGGACCGAAGACGACUCGGGCCAACUGUGCGACCACACGUCUGAAUGUGUGCAGAUAAGGUAGUGCGCGUUUUGCACUGACUUGAGCCCUUUUUAUGCAACCCACCCUCCUCACCAGACACGACGAUGUCCGACGCUGCUAGCACCGCUUCCACAGACAACAACGGAGACUCCGGGCUAAACGGGUCCUGGGUAGAGUUGGAGAUGAACAGAGCUCAUCAAGCCCAGUCAUCCUCCACAGGUGGCCCAGGCCUGCUGCCUCUUCCUCAGGUGGAGGAAGAGGAGGCCAUGGUGGGAGGCCUGGAGCAUGUCCCGUCCUCUUCCUCAAUCCACAACGGAGACAUGGAGAAGAUCCUGUUGGACGCCCAGCAUGAGUCGAGCCGCAGCAACUCUUCUUGUGACAGCCCCCCGCGGCCCCACACUCCCCAGGAUGAGGGACAGAUCAUUUUUGACGUGGACGUGACCAGCAGAAGAGACAGCCAAUCUGAAGAGGAUGCCUUGGAGAAGGAGAGGGACAUGGACAUCCUGAUGAAGGACGCAGAUUGGGUUGCUGACUGGUCUAGUCGACCGGAAAACAUUCCCCCCAAGGAAUUUCAUUUCCGCCACCCUCGACGCUCAGUAACGCUCAGCAUGAGGAAGACUGGGGCCAUGAAGAAAGGAGGCAUCUUCUCUGCUGAGUUCCUCAAAGUCUUCAUCCCCUCGCUGCUACUAUCACACAUCCUCGCUCUGGGGCUGGGUGUCUACAUUGGAAAGAGGUUGACCACGCCUCCCGCCAGCUCUUUCUGAACCCGAACCUGAAGAAAAGUGCCUGAGAAGUGGCCGUGAGUCGUCGGAGAACGUUUUGCUGUUGUGAGAAGAAUUCCCGUCUCUCCUCCCUCUGUCCCGCCUGCCCCUGCUUCCCCUCCUCAGCCCUGAGAUAUGACAUGUUCUCAGGUGAAAUGCAUCCGCCUUCUCCUCUGUCUCCCCUCCUUCCUCCCUCUUUUUUCUCCGCUCAAUCAGUUAUUCUGACUGUCUGUAGAUAUCUCCCCCUCUCUUUCCCCCGUAUAUCCUUCACUCAUUUGUAUAAGCUUUUCAAGAAUGAAUAAGGUCAUAUUUCCCCGUUCCCCAGCAAUUGGGUUUAAAUGUUUAUAACGGGUGGGUUUUCAGGGAGGGUUGCAGCAUUGAACCAAACUCUUCUACUUCACGUGCUGUUUCAGUGCCCUUUGAUUAUCGGACAACAAGGGAGGACUGUUGUAGAACUGACCACAGAUUGUGCCACCUGCACGAGUAGCCCAACACUCGAUCUCGAAAGGGUUCGACCAAAUUCAGACUCGGCUACGCAGCCUGAAAAUGUGAUCAUGCCUUUUUUUUUCUUUUUGAAAGUAGCCAUUUUGUUGAUUAUCUUUAGGUAAUAUCAUCAUCUUUUUUUAAAAUUUAUUUUGCAAAAGGUGGUGGUUCAUUGAGAAGGUGCAUCGAUGAAAGUUACCAUGGUGGCCAACCCAAACCACAAGCACUCGUGAAUUGCACUGUGGGGAGACUCUGGCUCUGUCUGCCAAGAGACUGAUUUAAGUGACCAUUUUAUUUUCACCAUUUUAAGCAGAAAAAUCUAUUCAGCUGUGUAUCUGAAUGCAUAUUUUGCUUAGUGACAAUGACUGGAAAACCAGGGUGCAGAUGUGAGUUGUGCAGGUAGGCAGUGUGUCCCGCUCAGUGUGUACACUAACAGUAUUUUGUGGUUGGGUCUUGGGUAACGGCACCGUACGGUCCGGAAAAGAUUCAGUCGUCUGUCCAAGCUGUGUGCGUCCAUGUGAGCCUCCUGGUUUGUCUGCAACAUCCUGCUACUUUUACUCCAGAUUGGGCCGGACAUUACAUGAAACCGUGCUGAUUGUUUAAAAAAAAAAGUGUGUGCUUUUAAGUAUUCAGAGAGGAUUCAGCUCCAAAAAGUAUUUGGUUUGAGAUAUAUAGUUAUGGAAAUUUAUCUUGAGGAUAUUUCUGAGUGAUUUAAUUUUAAAAAAAGGAUCAGGUAAUCCAUGAAAAAUAAAUUAAAUUGAAGUCAUUUAUGUUUAUGCAAGGAAAUUUGCUUCGAACAUGUUUUAUUAGUGAGGAAAACCAUCCAGUAUAGCCAGCCCUGCCUCUUGACACUCCAACAUGUUUGCCAAAAUGUCUGGAAAAGAUGCAGAAAUACUCCACGAGCCUGCAGAUGAAGGGAUCUGUGUUUGGUCAGGCAGAAGGUCUGGUGAUCUUCACUAUAUUUGGCUCUGAUCCUCGAGUGACGCCACUAAAAUGCAGCAGCUUCUAAUUGACUGAAGGUGGGAGUUUGUGUAAACACAGGUGGUUUGCUCGAAUGUACAGUCAUGUGUUCACAUGGUGUGGCUGAAAAACUCAAUAUCACACCUCGGCCUCAUUGCAGCAUCUCUGAGGCUGGACUGUGAUCAGCUUCUGUCCCAAGCCAGACCUGGGCCAAUAAUUUUUGCAAUUUUAGAAGCUCAGAUUUCCCCGAACGCCACGUCUCUUGGGGUUAUUCUGUUUCUGCAUGACACACAAGAGUUAAUGCGGUGCAGAAUCUUUCCAUGUAGCAGCAACUAAUUGUGAGAGAUCUUGUGUGCGGUAAGAUCUGAACGUGAAUUUGUUCUGCAGCAGAUGUUUUCAGUCGUCCAGGAGUAAAUGAACUCGCAGAAUUUUCGGUUUGUUUUCUUCCACUUACCUGCUUGUUACAGACUACUUUGUUGACAUGGAAUGACACAAUGAGUCCCAGUGAAGGUGGAAACCUGCUGUCUUUACAAACUUGCCUGGAACUCGCCCGGAACAACAACAAAUACUGACAAGAAGGCAUUUUAGUGUCAGCUUUGGCAAUACAAGAAAAGAACAGGCAAAAAAAAUCUAAGAAACGAUCACAGAUGACAGCAAAAUUCGCCUCUUUAUGGCAUAAUUUGCUGCAUGUAUUACUAAAACAUGCAGACUCAUUAACAACCAACAGCAACCACAUUAAGGUCACGACUUUGGUCUCAUUGUCUCAUUUCAGCCUCAGUAAUACUAAACCUCCAUGUCUCUGCCUGUGUUUGUACGUGCAGCAUUUGAAAGUGGUAUUUUGAAUUGUUCUUUCCUGUGUAGUUUGUUUUGAAUUGUUUUUUUUUUUUUCUUCCCUCCUGGUGUUGAAGAAAGAUUGUGAACGCGCAGAGCGGGAGUCGAAUGUGACGCAGAUCAUGUUUAAAAGUGAGAAAACAAAACCCCUUCAUUGUUAACGGCAAAGGAAAGUGCAGAAGGAAGUUUUCCCUCAGACUUUGGUGGUCUAACAGUAGUUAUUGUAAUGCUGCAUUUGCUUUAAUUUUCUUUUUCCCACUACAUUGGAGGAAUUGAUAAACAUUUUGUCAUUAAAGAUGACCCGAAUGAAGCUA